GCCAUGACACGGUCUCUCUGUGCCAGAAGCUCUCCUUGCACCGCCAUGCCAAGGUGCCCAUCCUCAUGCACGUCUUCCUAUGGGACCGCUCGCUCUUCCCUGUGAGCAGAGACAGCUCGAGGUUCCGGAUGGCCCACUCGCCACCUGCCAUGGCCUUAGGACCCGAAGCACACUUGUCACGGCAACCCAAUAAGAACCAAUUACAGCCUCUGCCUCUCGAGAUAUCAGAUGACGACAUUGUGAUCAACGACAACCCGGAGUACAGGCUCGAGCACGAUACAGCCGGCGAGGCAUCCUUUAGGAGGCAUCACGUUAGGAGUGAAGGCUAGUUUACUCGAUCAAAUUGGAGAAAUGGUCAUAUUAACAGAGGCUAUUUCAAUCCACCGCCGAUCAUACAGAUACUGAGUUGUAAAGAAACAUUGAUUCGAUGACUUGGUGGCAUGGUGCGGAGUCCUAGGAAAUUUCUUCUUUGUAAUUGUACAGCAACACGGAAAUAUCACUGAAAAGCUGCAUUUGGCAAGGCCGUCUUUGACGACUGGAUCAUUAAUUUCUAACUUCAAACCGCGUGGAAAUGUGUUUGAAGAAACUUCGGAAGCAAGAAGCGUGAGCAAGGAAGACAGAAUAGUGUUGCACUUGAGAGGAAGCCUCUCCGUUAGUUCUUAAAAAAAAGUACAAGAGCAGAGGGGCCACAGUAGUCGGUUAAGAAUUGAGCCCUCUCCUUCGUCUUUUCCAUGAAGUAAAACUCAAAACACCUUGAUUUCUGAAGCUAAUCUCAAGUGUUCCCUCAUCCUCUGUAUCCUGCAAUUCCUCGUCCAUUGCCCUUUUUGCUUCUGUUAGCAAAGCAUAAACUUUGACAUGGCAGGAGCACUAGUGGGUGGAGCUGUCCUCUCUGCUUCGCUCCAGGUACUAUUCGACAGAUUGGCUCCUCGCAGUCUGACAGACUCUGUCUGGAGAAGGAAAGACGAGGAAGUUCUGCUGAAGAAACUAAAGGCAAGCCUUGUAUUUGCUGAGGCGGUGUUGUCUGAUGCGGAACAUAAGCAAAUCACAGACUCGACUGCGAAAGGGUGGCUAAACCAGCUAGAAGAUACCGUCGCCGAUGCUCAGAAUCUUUUGAAUGCUAUUGAAGACAGAGAUUCGCCAAGGAAGCUAAGAGGCGGAUCGAGAAGCAAAUCGCUAGAAGACAUGCUUGAUAGAUUGGAGCUUAUGGCAAGGCAAAAAGAUGCCUUUGGCUUCAUAGAACUGGGAGUACAGCCUUUGCAGAUGUCCCCGACGACGUCUUUGAUGCAGGAGCCUAACAUCUAUGGUAGGGACGAAGAUAUGGAGGCCAUAGUCAGCUUGUUGCUGUCCGAUGAUGCGCCAGGUGACCCAAUAUGUGUGAUUACCAUCGUCGGUGUCCCAGGGAUCGGCAAGACCACGCUUGCUCAGUCUGUUUACAAUGAUAUCAGCGUGGAAGGGUAUUUUGACUUCAGGGUUUGGAUCUUUGUCUCGAACAGGUUAGAUGUUUAUUCGAUUACCAAGGCAAUCCUAGAAGCAAUAACUAUGGUGACUUGUGAUAUAAAGGACCUGAAUCUUCUUCAACUGAGACUCAGAGAAGAACUAAUCGGCCGGAAACUCUUACUUGUUCUGGAUGAUCUUUGCACUGAGGACUGCUCGGAAUGGAACACACUGCGAAGUCCUUUAAGAUUCUGUGCACCGGCUAGCAAGACCAUAGUGACUACUCGCAGUGAAAUCACAGCGGCAAUGACGUGCAAGCUGCCAGCUUACCAUUUAAGCCCUCUACCAUACGAAGAUUGCUGGUUGAUCUUCACUCAACAUGCAUUUGAUAGUCGACUCGGUGCUCCAGAUCCGAACCUAGAAGCAGUAGGCAGAGAAGUCGUGAAGAAAUGUGGAGGCCUUCCUCUAGUCGCCAAGACCCUCGGAGUUCUGUUCCGCUCUAAACCAAACCAUGGGGAGUGGAAUGAAAUCUUGAUGGAUAGUAUGUGGGAUGCAUCACAUGACUUGAGCAGCUUCGUACAGACUUUAAGUAUUAGAAGUGGAAUAGGUAAAUGGAGAAGAAAGCCUUUGGAAAGACAACAUGACGAAAAUUUCUUCCCACAGGGUCUGAAUCAGUUCAGAGGCACAUACUCUUUUAAAAAGAUUAAGAGGACAUGGCUUUCCAAACUUCUGGUGCCCUGGAUCAUAAUUCUGAGCAUUGUGAGUGCAUUGGUUUACAAUACUCUAAAUGAUUAUCAGAUCACAAAAAUGAAGGAGGCAUUGGGAAGCAUGUGCGAUAAACGGGCAUUGAUGCUACAGAAUCAGUUCACGGUUCAUGUUAACCACAUCCAUGCACUUGCUAUGGUGGCGACACUUUAUGACCAACGGAAUGCAACAUAUACCACACAGAUGGGGGAGGCUCUUGAGAGCCACUUGGAUAAUACUACUUUCAAGCGCCCAUUACUUUCUGGAGUGGUUUAUGCAAAACAAGUGGGUCAUUGCAAGAAUGAAAAUUUUGAGAGAGGGAAGCAAUGGUGGAUAAUGCAUGUGACCCCCAAAAGCCAGCCUUUACCUGUUCAAGAAGAGUAUUUACCUUCCAAAAUCUGUCGAGACGGCAUCGCUUAUAAGGAUACACUUCUGUGUUCACUUGCCAGGAUGACAAGAAAGGAAGAUCAACAUCAUGUAUUGAAGGCAAGAGCCGUUGAAAAAGCUGUAUUAUCACCCCCCUUCAGGCUGUUUCCAUCGAAUCGGAUUGGAGUGAUUUUGAUAUAUCCUGUUUACAGAUCCAAAUUCUCACCAAACAUGAGUUUGGAAGAGCGCAUCAGAGCCACUGCAGGGUAUAUUGGUGGAAUCUUUGAAUUCGAGUCCCUUGUGGAGAACGUACUCUGGCAACUUGGAAAUCAGACGGUUUUGGUUACGGUAUAUGACAUCACAAACUGUUGUCCCUCAUUGAUGUAUGGUCACAAGUGCAUCGAAAGUAACCGGUCCAUGAUGCACAUGAGCAAGCUUGAACUCGGAGAUCCCUUCAGGAAGUACAUGAUGAUAUGUAGGUAUCGAGAUGAGGCAUCCUCAUCUUGGAUAGCAGCCAUCGUCGCAGUCUUGAUCGUCACCAUCGGUUCGUUAGCGCCAUGCGUGCUUUAUGCUGCGGCAAUCCACAUCGUGAAACUCAGACAAGCCUCACUCCAGAUUCGAGGAUUGGAAGUUCAACUGCAAGAUGCGAACACGGCCAAUUCCCGGCUCCGAACCGAUGCUUCAGAGAUUAAGCAGCCCGCUUAUAUCAUCAUCCAUACUCUUGCCAUGCUUCUCGAGACUGAACUGAGCUCAGCGCAAAGGGGCUACACUCGGAUUGCUCAAGCUUGUGGAAGGAGGCAGAUUGCAUUAGUAGACAAAGCCCUCGAAUCACCAAAUUUGCCAGUCAUAACUCAUACCAUCUAAAAUGGUCCCAAUAUCAAGUCAUUACAUACGGACCGUCACUACUUGCUUGGACAGCUUGAGAUCGAGUUCCACUAUUCAGCUUUCGAGCCAGUGAUAAGUCUAGGAAAAAGUAUUACUUGCAGAUCAAACAGAACAUUUUCUGGCGCGAUUGACACGGCUUAUGUAAUUCCCUGCAUUCGCACAAGAAAGCAAGAGACUUUCGAAUUCAGCCCCAACUAUAUUGUCAAUUCCUUGAAACCAUCCCAUUGACCACAAAACCAAUGUAAUAAUCACGCGAUUAUCUAUUGUUCUUGUCUUCCAAGAACAUCAAUUCACAAGAUCAAACCCAUGAAUACUGAAAAGCACAAAAAUUUGCCAGAAAGUCAAAGAAAGCGAAGCAAACCCACAUUCCAUUAAUGCCCAAAGAUGUACAGAUACAUAACACCGGUUCAAAAUCUCCACAAUCAGGCCUACAACCAAACAACAUCCUCCGAAACGACGAAGAUCUAACCACAUUCCCCGUUUUUAACUAAGCCCUCUCUCCUCGGAUCCUCCUGGCGAGCUGGAUGUCCUUGGGCAUGAUCGUGACCCGCUUGGCGUGGAUGGCGCACAGGUUGGUGUCCUCGAACAGCCCGACGAGGUACGCCUCCGCCGCCUCCUGGAGGGCGGCGACGGCGCUGCUCUGGAACCGGAGGUCGGUCUUGAAGUCCUGGGCGAUCUCCCGCACCAGCCGCUGGAAGGGCAGCUUCCGGAUCAGCAGCUCCGUGCUCUUCUGGUACUUCCGUAUCUCCCUCAGCGCCACCGUCCCGGGCCUGAACCUGUGCGGCUUCUUCACCCCGCCGGUCGCCGGGGCCGACUUCCGCGCCGCCUUGGUGGCCAGCUGCUUCCGCGGGGCCUUGCCGCCGGUGGACUUCCGGGCCGUCUGCUUCGUGCGGGCCAUGCCGGCGUGCGUCGAAUUUCCUCGGGAAAAUCGAGAGAGAAAG